ACAUUUGGAAAUCUUCGCUCAAUUUGCUCCCUCUCCCACUUUAUAACCCCCUCUCCUCUCCCAACCCCAACCGCACUUCUCCUCCUCACCUCAUCAUCCCCCCUUCGCGCUCGACGUCCUCCACAACACGGAUCCACAGCACACCAUCCCACCUUCACCAAAGGAACAAGAGUCUACGAUGAUGGCAGCCUCUUCUCCGUCUAGGGCAGAGUACUCUCCCCUUUUCACCCAAGGUCUCUACUCUGCCAACCCAGCCAGCAGACGUCAUCUCGAGGCAGCUGCUUCCUCCUCUUUCCUCGACGUCGAUAGCCCAUCCGAGUCGGGCGAUGACACGGAUGCUAGCAUGGCUUCUUUCGUUGGUGUCCUUCGCCCAAACAGCCAAGCAGGGCGCGCAGUAUCCCCCACUCCAACGGUUCGCCCUAUCACUGGUUUGUCUCGCCCCGUGCACUCCCGUCACGCAUACAUCCCCCCUCCGGCUCCAGCUCCCAACCACGCACUUCCUUCUCCGCCCCCCUCAGCUCCCUAUGGCGCAUCACCUGGUCGCGGAGCCCCGGUCCCCGGUCAUGUUCGUUCUCCCACUGGUGCAUCGUUUGGUCCUUCUCCCGCCGACGCACGCACAGCUGCUCUUGCACGGCUCGAAGGUCGCCCGGGCCCUCCAGCUCAACAACGUCCGCCACAGCUGCCUCAGCCGAACGGGUAUGGUCAGCCACCUAUAGGAUCCAGCUUCCUCAACCUGAGCGACCCUCCGCAGGGACGUAGCCGAGUUCCGCCGCCUCGGCGCGGGUGAGGAAUCGCACACUGAACCCAAUCUGACGAACUCUGCACACUGCGCCUCAUCAAUAUAAUCAUCAUCAGCAUCGUCAUCGAUGCUCUAAGUUUAUCCGCGGAAGGUCCCCGCGAUCGGCAUACUAUUACGACGCACCACCGCCCCUCUGUAUUAACUCAAUAUUCGCCCGACUCAAACGAUCAUGUUGUUCCUGCAUCCCACACAAGAGAGUCUACGCACGCAUAUUCCGCACGCCACGCAGCGCAUCGGAAGGCCUAUCAUGCCUCCGCUCAGCUAUAAUGUCCGCGUCCGCAAAUUCCACGGUUCCUGAUUCGGCUUGACUCAACCCAAUCGCCAUUGCACCCUGCUUGUCUACCUUUUUCUGCUCAUUUUCAGCCCCGCUCGAUGUGGGCUCCUUGCAUUUCCGUUCGCGUGGUUUCUUGCUGGCUGUACACUGCCCAUCCCUUACCUCCUUAUCAUAUCCCCAUGUCCUGCCGUAAUUCCUGUGCACGUUGACCGGUUCCACGCACUGCCCCGUACAUGAUUUUCCCUUUUGUUAUUGUGUCACCACUUUUCCGAUUUGCCGUCAUACCUUGACGAGUGUGGCUUCAUCUCGUGCUCUAUCGAAGAGCACUACUAUCGAACGAACCAGCGAACGCUGUCUGCUUCUCUUGCAUCCCCUAUCCUACAUAUGUAUGAGGUGUUGUGUGUGGCGCUCGGUUUCCGCUUGCUGCCGACUUGGUAGCUUCUUGCCAUGUGCUUUGUAGACGCCCUCUGCCAUCAAAUUGUCAUCACCGCGCUCUGCC